UCGCGGCGCGCCCAAUAAAGCCGAGUAAAGCUGUAAAGAAGACGCCAUGUUGCCUUCAGAUCGCUGGUCAGUCCCCUCCUAAUCACAGCUAGCUGCCGGCCGGCCAGCCUCGACGUACGACGUUUACUCCGCUUGAGGCCGCCAUGCCGGGGAUACGGGUGCUCACGGCGCUGGACCAGGCGCGGACGCAGUACUACCACUUCAAGGCCAUCGUCAUCGCCGGCAUGGGCCUCUUCACCGACUCGUACGACCUCUUCUGCAUCGCGCCCGUCAUGAAGCUCAUCGGCCGCAUCUACUACGCGCCCGCCGGUACCGCCUCCGAGGGGGGCGAGCCCGGGGUCACGCCGCCGGCCGUGGUGUCGGCGACCGUUGGCGUCGCGCUGCUGGGGGCCGUGGCCGGGAACCUCCUGUUCGGCGCGCUCGGCGACCGCGUGGGCCGGCGCCGCGUGUACGGGGCCUGCCUGCUCCUCAUGGUGUGCAGCUCCGUGGGCAGCGGCUUCUCCGUCUGCCGCACGCGCGGGUGCGCGCUCGCCAGCCUCUGCUUCUUCCGCUUCCUCCUGGGCGUGGGCAUCGGCGGGGACUACCCGCUGUCAGCGACCAUCAUGUCCGAGUUCGCCAACAAGCGCACGCGGGGCGCGUUCAUUGCCGCCGUUUUCUCUAUGCAGGGGUUCGGGAUACUGGCGAGCUCCGGGGUCACCAUGGUCGUCGCCGCGGCCUUCGACCGGUAUACGGGCCACCGUGCGCCGCUCGACACGCCGGAGUCCGCCGACCUGGCCUGGCGGAUCAUACUCAUGAUCGGCGCCAUCCCCGCCGCGCUCACCUUCUACUGGAGGAUGGCAAUGCCCGAGACGGCCAGGUUUACCGUGCUGGUCGAGCACGACGUGGUGAAGGCGACCAACGACAUCGGCCGCGUCCUCGCCGACCUCAACCUGGCCGCCAUCACGGAGGAGGAGGCGGCCGCAUUCCGCCGCACAACUCCUCCGGCGAGGUUCGGGCUCCCCACGGCGUCGUACGGCCUCUUCUCGCGCCGCUUCCUCCGGCGGCACGGCCGGGACCUCUUCGCGUGCGCGUCGGCGUGGUUCCUGCUCGACAUCCCCUACUACAGCAGCACGCUGUUCCAGUCCCAUAUCUACGGCCCGUGGUUCCCGCCGGCGAGCCGUGUGAACGCAUUCCAGGAGGCGUUCAACGUGGCCAAGUUCCAGGCCAUUAUCGCCGUGGCGUCGACGAUCCCCGGCUACUUCGCUGCCGUCCUCCUCAUUGACCGCGCCGGCCGCCGCAGGCUCCAGAUGGCAGGGUUCCUCCUCAUGGCCGUCUUCCUCUUCGCGCUCGCCGGGCCGUACGACCACUACUGGCGCGGCCACGCCACAGACGCGUGGUACAUCGUGCUCUACGCGCUCACCUUCUUCUCCGCAAACCUCGGGCCCAACACCACCACCUUCAUCCUGCCCGCUGAGCUCUUCCCGGCGCGGUUCCGGUCGACGUGCCACGGGAUAUCCGGCGCGGCGGGGAAGCUCGGCGCGCUCAUCGGCGCCAUCGGGUUCCUCUGGGCGUCGCAGGAGCGGGACAAGAGGGAGGUGCAGGUCGGGUACAGGCCAGGUAUCGGCAUGAUGUACGCGCUGGUCAUUCUUGGCGCGAUCAGCCUGCUCGGGCUCGCCGUCACGUACGUGUUCACGCCGGAGACGAUGAGGCGGUCGCUGGAGGAGAACGAGAGCGAGCGGGGGCUGAGCCAGGUCGACGAUGGCGAUGGCAGGCAGCGCUUUCAGGAACUAACUGAGCUACCCAAGAGCCCGGCGUCCUUAGUGAGCUCGCACGUCAGCACGUCGCCUAUCCAUCCACACCGGCUCUCUGUGUGAAAAUGUGAAAAAUAUAUGACACGGAAGAUUAUACGGAUCUAUAUAUAGUGUAUCUUCUAUUUGUAUACGCAAGAUGCAGAUGUACAUUAUUUGCAAAUGGUGCAUGUAAGUUUCAUUGAGUUAAUUUGGAAAGUGUAGUUCAAAGUUAAUCGAGAGAGACUACAGUUUGUCCGUCUGAUAUGUUCCAGAAAAUUAUACCCUCUCCUCAAGAAUA